UCAUUUUCACCUAGUUUCAAUUUUGGGGCUUUGUUGGAAAAUGGCGAUCUAGAUUUCCGAUAUUUGCAGUCUACUUGAUUUUGGAUGUUUUACUUGGAAGAAAUGGAAACUCCUUUGCUUUGAUUUUCCUGCUCAUUCAGAUUUUCUAUAAUUUGCAUUCGAUUUAUGUUUGAUUCUUCUGCUCAUCUUUUGUUUAACGACUUUAGGAAACAAUUUGGAAAAGAAAAAAAACGAUUUUUAGAUUUGAACUAGACAAUACCUGGUUACCGCAAAAAUCGCUGUUAGAAACUUUAGAGAUCUGAGCCUAUAGUUAGUGGUCCACUUUAGUAUAUACAAAUGGCUAUUCUGAUUCCUGAUGAGUAACUCUCUUCUGGCUGCUAGCCUUGUAGUUGUCGGCAUAGGUCUUUGAUGCUCUUUCUCUCUUGUUAUUUCUGAUUCUGGUAUCGCCCAUUGUUUCACCUGUCACAAUCUUUAUCUCACGACGACUUUUUCUUCUUUAUUUUAAUCUUUUAAUGUCUAUACAUCAUACAUGCAAAGCAUUAUGCAUUUCUCACUUCUUUCUCUCUUGUUUCUCUAGGAUUUUAAACUCUUUACGUUUUGUACUCUGCUGCUCUGGUUACGUUCUUUAAGUAACCAAAAUGGGUUCGAGAUACCCAUCUCAUCAGCUCAGCAAUGGGCUAUUUGUGUCUGGUCGGCCUGAGCAACCCAAAGAAAGGCCUCCAACUAUGAGUGCAGUAGCCAUGCCUUACACGGGUGGCGACAUCAAGAGAUCAGGAGAAUUGGGGAAGAUGUUUGAUAUCCCAGCAGAUGGUACUAAGUCUAGGAAGUCUGGUCCCAUACCUGGUGCUCCUUCAAGGUCUGGCUCAUUUGCAGGAACUGCACAAUCUGGUCCAGGUGCUCCUAUGGCCACUGGCCGUAUGUCUGGCUCUUUAGCUUCUGCUGGCUCUGUUUCAAUGAAGAAAACAAAUUCCGGACCUUUGUCUAAGCAUGGAGAGCCUUUAAAGAAAUCAUCUGGCCCUCAGUCUGGUGGUGUAACUCGGCAGAAUUCCGGUUCUAUUCCUAUUCUUCCGGCUACAGGUCUCAUAACCUCUGGGCCUAUUAUAUCAGGCCCCCUGAAUUCAUCUGGGGCUCCCAGGAAGGUUUCUGGUCCACUAGACUCUUCUGGUUUGAUGAAGUCACAUAUCCCUUCUGUUGUCCACAACCAGGCGGUAACUACCCUUGGUCCAGAAGAUGACUUUUCCUGCCUGAAGAGCUUCCCAAAGCCUGUGCUCUGGCUGGUUGUUCUUAUAUUCAUUAUGGGGUUCCUUGCUGGAGGCUUCAUUCUUGGUGCAGUUCACAACCCAAUUCUCCUCGUUGUUGUCGCGAUCUUGUUUACAGUUGUUGCUGCGCUUUUCAUAUGGAAUAUUUGUUGGGGGAGACGUGGUAUCACAGAUUUCAUUGCUCGUUAUCCUGAUGCUGAUCUUAGAACUGCCAAAAAUGGUCAAUACGUGAAGGUCACUGGGGUGGUUACUUGUGGUAAUGUACCGCUUGAGUCAUCCUUCCACAGAGUUCCUAGAUGUGUGUACACAUCGACAUGUCUAUAUGAGUAUCGUGGAUGGGGUUCGAAACCAGCCAAUUCUUCCCAUCGUCACUUCACAUGGGGACUGAGAUCAUCAGAGAGACAUGUGGUGGACUUUUACAUCUCUGAUUUUCAGUCUGGGCUCAGAGCCUUAGUCAAAACCGGAAGCGGUGCAAAGGUAACACCUCUUGUAGAUGAUUCUGUUGUCAUCGAUUUUAAGCAAGGAAGCGAGCAUGUGUCUCCCGAUUUUGUUAGAUGGUUAAGUAAGAAGAAUCUAACAAGCGAUGAUCGAAUAAUGCGGCUCAAAGAAGGGUAUAUAAAAGAAGGAAGCACAGUGAGUGUGAUUGGAGUGGUGCAGAGAAACGAUAAUGUGUUGAUGAUAGUUCCAUCAUCUGAGCCACUAGCAGCUGGUUGGCAAUGGAGGAGAUGUACAUUCCCUACAAGUCUUGAAGGAAUCGUAUUGAGAUGUGAAGACUCAUCCAAUGUUGAUGCCAUACCGGUUUGAGUCAUCAUCAUCAUCACCAACAUCCUAGUUUGGGUUCAUUAAAUAUUUUUCAUGAAUCUGGAAAAAAUGUGAUUUUGCUGGUGGGUUCGUUUGGUGGUGGUUGUAGUGUUGUUAUUUUCUUUCCUUUUAAUUCUCAUUAAUUUUUUUCUUUUGGGUUCUCCGAGUUAUUACGGUUAGGAUGGUGAUGGUGAUGGUGAUGCUUGGAGGGUGUGGUUUCUUUUUCCUAAGAUGAGCUAAUUGUUUUUUCUUCUUAUUCUUCUUCUUCGCCUUUUGUUUUGUAUAGCUCUUCAUGUCAAUUCUUUUUCAAUAGAACUUGUGUACUUUUCUCAUUGUGUUAUGUUCUGUCUAAAUCUUUCCUUUUUGUGAAAAUAAAACUCAAUCUGGUGUUCUUUUUAAACC